ACAAAUGCGAUUACCAAAAUACACAAAAACAUGUAAUUAAAUAAUAUAUAUAGAAAAACAUAUUUAUGUAUGUUAACAAUAAUUAGUAAAUUUAGUUUGAAGUAUAUUUUUUGGUUUUAAGACUAAAACAAAUUUCUUCUUACUUGUGACAAAACACGUUUUUUGUAGAAAACAGAAAAAAACAGAAAAUAGCAGAAAAGAAAAUAAAAGUAUAAACUAAUGAAAAGAGCAAGAAGAAAGUUUUGUAUACAAUAACACCAACAAAAUAUGUUUUUUUAGUAGAAAUCGUUUGGAAUGCCAAAAUAGUAAUUAAAAUUAAAAACAAAAAAAACAUUAAAACCAAAAAAAUUCCAAUAACAAAAUUAACAGCAACCGUAUUAACAACAUUUAAACUUUGGUGCAUUUAUUUUUGCAAAGCCCUUUAACUAAAAAAAACUAACUAUGUUUGCCUACCCAAGAUGGAAUGAAAUAGUUUACAUAUUUUACGUUUUGAAUGCCCCAAAAUACGCAUAUUGUGUAUACAACACACCAUCACUAGCGUUUAUUGCCUUAAAAACAGAUAUUUAUUCAAAUUGCUACUAAAACAAUUUUAUGAAAAUUAUUAUUAGAUUUAGUGCGUACAAAGUACAGAUUUAAAAACUAAUCGAUUUUCAGCUGGAAACAAGCGGUGUCUGUGAUUAAUAAAGAAUUAACAAUGAAAAUAAACUCCACUAAGUUCCCCCUUUUCUUGAUUUCUUCUUUUUUAUUAUUAUUAUUAUUUAAUUUAAAUUGUUUGGUUACUGGUUUCUUUAGUACUUAAAAUUCAUAUUUUUUAUAUUUUUUCUCUUUAUGUUUGUUUAAUAUAAUUUUAAUUUUUUUGUUUAAUUUUUCAAAAAUUUGUUUUUGCUUUUUCACCAAAUUUUUUUCGUGCUUUUUUUUUGCAUUUAUUUCAUUAUUCAAUUCAUGCGCACCAUCAUCACAUCUCAGUCUGGCAACACUGUGUGUCGCUUUGUCGAGAUGCGCUUUUUAUAAAGCCUACUAUUUUUUUUAUCUUAUACAUACAAACGUUGAGCAGAAUUGUAAAAAAACAGACCAAAUAAAAUUAUUGUGUUGUUGUUUUUUGUAUUAUUGUUUUUUUUUUUUAAGUGCCAACUAUGUCAUUUACCACUACAUGCAUACAUACAUACACACCAACAUUUACCACUAACAAUUAUUUACAUAUGAAUACAUACAAGGUCCAACAUGCAUAUUUACAAACAUACUAUGUACAUACAUACUCAUAUAUUAAGUACAUGUGUAUUUUAAUGUAGGCUCCCAGAUUAUAUAGUACAUUGACCAUUUUUAGUGAUUUGACGACCCACCCCAUACGCCUUAAAAUCUCACACUUCGACGCGUUUUGGUUGGUCUAAAUUUUCUAUGGCACAACAAUUCGCAAAUUUUUUUUAUUACUUUCUCUUCCUUUGUGCUCGCACGAAUAUGUUCAAAAACAGAAUGACGUGUGAUUAGGGUAAUUCUAUUUAUUAUUGAAAUUUGGGUAGCCCAUUUCCACUGCACAAUGACUAAUCAUGAAAGGAAAGUUGGAAGGACUGUUGUGACAGGAAUUUCGCACAGAAAGUUUGAUUGAGUAGAAAAUAUAUAGCGUUUGACCAUUAAGUGAGAUUACUCUUUAAUAUAACGGUAAUAUUAUAAUAAUCAUAUACUUGUGUCUGUAUAUAUAUAUAUAUGUAUUUUCAUAAUGUACAUAUGGGUUUUUCAAUUUUAGAUUCAACAAAAGUUCAUUUCACAUAACUAAAAAAUGCCUGAAAUUUAAAUUCUUAAAGCGUUAUCACACAGAGCCAAAUGCAAAUUAUAUGUUUCUUAAUCCAUAAACUAAUUGAUUUAAACGAAAUCGUUAUCUUUUAAUUAUUCGAAGGAAUGAUAGACCCGUUACAAUUUCAUAACACAUAAAAAUGCUAAUGUUAUGGGAGCAUUAAAACUGUAAAAAAUAACAUCUGAAUCACUUAAUUCUUGUUACUUUUAUAUGUGAACAUUUUGUUGAAAUAUUUCGCAGUUAUCGAUAACAUUUGACGGAAUAAUUCUAGAAUAAUAGUUGAAAUUCGAAAUUAAGUACACAAAACAAAGUUAUCCCAAAAUUAUCGAUUUAUCAUAAAUGAUUAUCGAUAGUUCGAUAUCGAUUACCGAUAAAUAUUUUUAAUAAAAAAAUAUUAAGAUUUCGUAUAACAAAUUUUUUGUGAUCGAACAAUUAUCGAUUUAUCAUAGAAAAUUAUCAAUAGUUCGAUAUCGAUUACCGAUACAGAAUUUUAUUUCAUUAGCUGAAGAAUUUCGUAUAGGAAUUGCUUCUCCAUCGGUUUUUAUACCUCAAUUAGGUUGGUUUUUUUUAAGUUUCUAUCCAUGAUAUUCAGUGGAGGAUUCCCAGGGGGGGAUAUUAAAAACCCCCUUUUUGGUUUUAAAACACCCCCUAAACUCAGAGAAAAAUAUAUGUUUGUUGAUAUGGGUUUGGAAUGAGGUUAUUGAUCAAAAAAAUCAUAUCAAAUUAUAAGCAAUUAUAAUAAGUUACAAGAUUUUUGUUCUUAUUCAUAUAAUUCUCUACAUUUGUACAAGCAGUAUCGCUGAAGUUCAAUGAUUAAUUGAGGAUUACACGGGAUCUCACAUUCCAUGUUAUAUUUUCCUUGAUUUUUGAAAGAAUUCUUCUAGUAUGUCAUCAACUAACAGAUCAAUAUCCCUAUGAAUAUUCAUUGAUGUUAGACCAUUAAGGCUAUCUUGACCUGUCGUAUUUCGUAAAUAGGUUUUAAUUCUCUUUAAACUUGAAAAACUUCUUUCCGGUGAUGCUAUUGAAACAGGCAAUAACGCCAAUAUGCGUAAAAUCUUGAAAAAAUUCCCAAAAGACGUUUUGUUCACUGCUUCUAAAGCUUCGAGAGCAUUCCGAAAAUGCUUGCCUGAAGUUAGCUGUUUCCACAUUUUCACCUCCGCAAGAAAGUUUCAUAAAAGGAAAAUAUUUCUCGAGCUUUUUUAGCGUCAAAUUCGUACUUUGGGAAAAAUGCACAAAAAAAAACGUGUCCUAUAAUAACUGAAUUUUCGCGAGGGAACUGCUAUAUUAAAAAUACGUUGAGUAAAAAAAAUUUUCGUUAAAACCCCCCCAACAAAUUUUUUUUCUGGAUCCGCCACUGACGAUAUUUAUAACCUAUUCAAAAUUUAAAUUGUAAAUUUUGUAAAUAAAUAUUUAACGUUAUCAGAAUUGAAAGAAUGAUUUCUUUAUUUGGUACUCAUAUUAAUUUCAGUUUCCUUUCUAAUUUCAUAUGCUCUUAUUUCAUAUAUUAUACUGAUAUUGUUCUUAUCAAUUUCCUAGUCGAUAACAUCAAAUCAGCUGUUUUGUGACGUCACUUUAGCUGAACUUUUGUUUAGUUGUUAUUUAGAAAAAGCAUAUUCUUUAACUGAAAAUUGAAGUACAUAUAUGACAUUGUGUAUAAUUUAUAUACUAUUAUUAAACUAUUCACCACAACAACAAAAAUAUAUUGCUAAGUUAACGAAUAUCAAAUUUAAUUUUUACUCAUAAACGUAAAACACAUAAACUCCCUAUCACCUCAUAAACUGUUGCUAAACAUUUUCAUUUCUUCAUUAUUUUUUCUGUAAAUUUUUUAUUAACGAAAUUUGUUGUAAAAACCUUUAUUGAAUAUAGAAAAACAUAUUUAAUACAAAAUCAGCGAACUUAUAUUGCCUCAGCUUUUGAAAGACAUAUGGUUGAUAUCCUUAACGGCUUGACUUGCCAAAGUGUAAAUACGUAUUAGCGCCACGUGUGCGCCUCGGUCGCCAAGUCAAUCGUUUAACCGACCAAUCACUCGAACAACCAACCAACCAUCCAUCCAGAAAACCAAUUAGUUUUUAAAUCAUGCUCAGUGAACAAAAACAGUGUUUUGUUAUUGUUGUUGUUGUUCAAUUGUCAAUUUAUUUAUGUUUGUUCGUUCGUACGUUCGCUCGCUCGCUCGUUCGAUUAUACGUUGUAUCGUUAAUACAGUUCAUUAAGAAUCACUUCAACACACUCGUUCCAUUUAAACGCAAUAUGUUUCAUUAUUUGUUAUUAUUGUUUUUGUGCACUACUGAUUGUUGUGUUCACCAAAAUGAACUUGCAACAUUUAUGUUUUUCUCUUUUUAUAUGGCAAAUGUCUAUUUUUUUUUUUUUGAAAAUGUAAUGUUUGUGAAAGAACACCGUGUUGAAUUCGAAUUGUUGGAAGUGCACGCAAAAACACAGCUAUUUUUGGGAGAUCUCUUUUUUGUUGUUCGUUUUUGUAUAGAAAUUUAUUAAAUUAUUUAAAUUUUUUGUUAUAAUUUUGGUGUUUGUUUUUGAAAAUAAAUAUGCAUGUACAGAUGUUUGUUUGUUUGUAUGUACAUAGGACAUGUGUUUUUUAUUUACAUACAUACCUGUAUGUAUGUAUGUUUUAAAAUAGUUUGGACAGUUUGUGUUCGCUUUUCUUCUAAGUUGUUUAACUUAUAUGCUGAGUUUGUAUUUAAGACUGCUUUUAUUUUGUUUAUUUUGCAAGCAGUGCUUUUGAACGUCAAAAAACAAAAAAGUAUUGAAAAUGCUUAAAGGAUAAUAUUGAUAUUUGAAAUAUAAACUAAAUACGAUAUAUCCUCGACUUUCCCAUAUUUUAUUGUUCAAAUGGCAGUGAUUAAUUGUUUUUUGCUUCUUGAUGCCGUCCUAUUGUUUGAAAAUUCCUUUGAAACUAUGGACAUUUUUGAAAAAAAUCGUUUCAAAAUAUUAUUUGAAAGGUCUUUAACGCAUCAUAUUUAUCUGGAUUCAUUUCACAAGAUCUAAAAUAAACUGUUAAAGUAAACAAUUUACGCCAAAUUUGGUUUAAUGAUCACUCAAAACUCUAUACUCGAUUAAAAGAUUAGCUAAAACUUAAAAAAAAAAUUUUGAAACUGCCUUGACUUUUGAAAUUUUUGAAACACUAUACCUCCAUAAUUUGACCAUUAAUCAGAGAAAUAAUAAUUUAAAUGAGUUUAUUCUACAAUUUCUGAUAUUCUUUCUUGCUUAAUACGUCAUAUAUGGGGUUAGACUAUACCAAGGCCUUCGAUGUAUGACUUGAUCCCGAAAAAAAAAAUUUCGGCAAUCAUAAACCUCACGACCAUGCAUAGAUCUUAUGAAGCAUAGACAGUUUUUAAAUCAAAAAUUACUUUCAGAUUCCAGUUUUUUUUUCUUUCUAAUAAAAAUUAAUAAUAAGGCGUUCAAAAGACCGCUGCAUUCUUAAACUUAUGUUGUAUUUAUUAUUUAUAUUUUUUUUUAUUAAUUAUGUACUAAUUGUUGCUACCAUUUUAUAUUAUUUAUAUAAAAACCUCGUUUCAUCAAACUAUAUAUAUUUUUUUAACGCUGCAAUGUCCGUUUUGCUGCACUGUACAUACAAGAAAUAAAAUUUAGUUCGAAGACUUUUUUGAUAUAUUUUGCUAGCGUUUAGAUGUUUUUGCAACUCAUCACUUAUUUUAUUGUAUUAUUUUAAUUUAAUUUUACUACUUAAUCAAUACUUAAUUUAUUUUCAAUACUUUCUUAUUUGAACUUACUCUCUAAAAACUCAAAACUUAGACGUUUAGCGCGCGAUUUAUAACAACAUGUUUAACAGUUCUAGUGCAUUUAUGUAUGUAGUGAUUACUGAAAGCGAAAUUGCAAGGCUUCUAACAAAGUGCCGUGAGUCAAACUAAACAAAUCAGACAAUUUCAUAGGUUCUUCUUACUUUAUAAAUAUUUUAAUGAAUUAUAUACUAUUACAGCCCUUAGGUAAUACAUUUUAUUAUUUAAAACUUUAUUUAUAGUAUAUACGAUUUAAUUUUGUUAUAAGCUGUACUCUGUUUAUUAUUUAUGAACUUAAAUUUAAAUGCAUUCCUCUUGCACUGAGGAGCGCAUUUAAAGUAUAUUUCUUUUUGAUGUGCAACUCAACUGUUAAAUUUGUAUUUUUUCAAAUUGAAAAUUAUACCUGAAAUGCAUGAAAAUGCAAAAACAAAAACAACAACCUAUCAACCAAUGAAUGAAACAACCGACGAAUUAAAUAAAUAAAAACAAAAACAAUUCCAAAAACCUGCUGCUCGCUCGUCCUGCAACCGAUAACUGCAAACAACUGUUUUGCCGCAUACGUGUUACACAACGGAAUGCUGCCUGCCACGCACACCUUGAAAAAUAACACUCACACACUUACAACCAAUAUUUGUCUACAUGCACAACCAAACACAAUACUACCGUUACGGAAUGAAAUCGAAACCGAAACCGAAACCGAUUUCGAAAUCGUCUUCGUCAUCGCCAACAUCCUCACAAUCCCCUCCGCCCUCUUAAACUGCACUCACAACGUCGCCAACCCAAUGAUCGUUCGUUCAACUGACCAUCGUUUGCAACCGAAUAUUUCCCUUUGUACCGUUACAUGCACAUUUUAACUAUACAUAUACAUAUGUAUCUGCGUGUAUGUGCAUGUGUAUGUAUGCAUAUAUACAUAUGUAAUACAGGUCCUGGGCCGCCCGACGACAACACGCAUGCACAUUCGGAAUUGACGGGUAAAGCAUCAAAUUUAUCGAAUAGUCGUGACACGACCACUACCACUACCACUACCACUUGUUCCGCAUGCCACACCGGAAGCCUAAAUAAUUGCUCCUCUAGCGAGGCAUCUGCAGCGUCUGCGUCUGAGCGUGAAUAUUUCGAUUUGUGUGCAUCGUCGCCUGUGUGCGCGUGUGAUGAAUGUGCUGCCAGUGCCAAUGUGAGCGCUAGCGUUAGCGCGAGCGGCGUCAGCGCCUGCGCUAGUGCGAGCGCCACAGCCACCACCCUUGAGGCUGAUGAAUGUUAUCCUUUUACUUCUUCCUCCCUGAAUGUGCCUACAUGCCAUGCGUCCGUCAACGCAUCCGCAUCCGCAACCGCAACCGCCAAUGCCUACGCCUGCACCUCUGCCGCCGAUUGCGCUGCUGUUGUUGCUAAUAAUGCCUCCUAUUGCUCCACAUCGGCGCCCACCACAAUGGUCGCUGAUGAGCGUCGUAACGCUGCUGCUACUACCACUUCUACUACUACUGCUACUACUGCUAGUAAAUUAUUUAACAGCUUUUCCAGCAGCAAUAAUAACAACAACACAUGCAACAUAAAUAACAAUAAUCGUUUGGGUUUGACGAUCAGUUGUAGCGGCGCAAAUAUGCUGCAACUGCAUCAGUCACAACUGCAACAACAGCAUCAUCCACACCAAUACCAACACCACCAUCAACAACAACAACAGCACCACGAACCGUUACACCUACAACAUCAAUUGUUGCAACACCAACACCACCAUCAUCAUCAUCAGCAGCCGCUGCACCACCAGCAACACCACCAUCCGCAUCAUCAACACCACCAUCAGUCGCCACUGUCGGACGGUGGUGAGGGACACGAACAGCAGAACUUGAAAGGCAGCAACAGCACAUCGGAUUUGAGUGAUACGUUCGAUUGGUGGUUUCAUAGGCAUAAAAGAAAUUCGAAAAAGAGCAGCCAACACCUACACCUAUACACCACGACACCCAACACUAAAUACCUUCAAAACCCAAAAAACACCAUACACCAUAUACCAAAUACCAACAGCCAAACAUCCAUCCAACCAGCCGAAAUGCUUAAUAAGCAAUACACAACAACAGCAACAAAUAAUUCAAACAACUAAACACAAAACAACAACAAAAACAGCUAUAGUGAAGAUGAGCGCCAUGCAAAGAGAAGAGAUACAGAUCGACCCACGAAAGUCGAGAGCCAGUCGUUAUGCAAUUAUGUAAAUGUUGUAACAUUUUGUGGUUAAGAUUUGUAUACGAAUGAGUACAAUUAAAUAUUAUUUUCUCAAAUCGCAAAUAAGGUCACUGAUAUUAGACCAAUUAGAUUUACAAAAUCUUAAAUUUUUCGAUACUUUUUUAGAAAAAAAAAUAUAUUUUAUUAUAAUUAAAUUAGUGAUUUAUAUAAAUUUAUAUAUUUAGAAUAAUAUAUUGAUUAGCUGUGUUUGAUUCGCUUCUUUUCAUGGCUUCGCGAGACGAAGGUAGCCAAUCGAACAAGCAACUGGUAUAAAACUCAUGAACUGGUAUAAUGAACUUUAGCUGAACAGGAUACUAAAAACGCGAAAGAAUAUAUUAAAAACAGUUUUUUAAAUAAAAAAUAUUAUUUUAGUGGUAUAUGUAGUAUUUAUACUAAAGUGAAUGAUUAUCGAAUGAUUCCUGAAAGAAUAAUAUUUUUAGAAACAUAUUAAAUAAAAAUAAAAUAAAAUAUUAUAUUAGAUUACAUUUUUGUUGCAAUAUCAGCAAUGACUCUAUUUGCGAUUUUUGAUACAAUAUAUAGAAUACAAAGUUUUCAAAAAAACAUUCGACAACUAAAAUUAGUAACAAUUAGCAACUUGAAAAUUAAACAGCAGAGAAAAUGUUGCAAUCUUUUAUAAAUUUAAACCAGACGCGCUAACAAUUUUCGCUUUCUUUUGCUAAUUAUGAGUAGUUUUACGAAUAUAUGAUAAUUACUAAGCUGCUACAAUGAAACUAAGUAAUUUGCAAAUAUUUAAAUAACGAUUUUGUAUAAGAAUUAAGUUAAUUGUAAAAGAUUUAGAGCAAUAGCAACUGCAGCACUUACAUACACAUAAACAGAAAAAAAUACACGAUAAAAAUAACAAAGGAUAUACGCCCAGGCACAGAAAGCAUAGAAGCGCACAAAUUAAAAAUACACAUACAUACAUACAUGUUUAUGUACACAAAAAUAUUAAAUACUAGCAUACUCACCCACAACACAAACACAUUUAACGCCCACACAAUGAAUCAAAAAACAAAAAAAUGGAAGAAGCACUUACACAGGGUUUACACGUUCAAUCAGCGUUAACAAUCAUACACCACUCUGUAGAUUCAUCAAAAAUAAUUAAUUUCCAUAAUUAUCGAUACACAAUUAAAUACAAAUACAUUUACAUAUAUACACCUAUACAUACAUCAAAUGCACCUAAUCACCCAAAAUCAGAAUCAAAAAUCCAAAUUGAAAUUGAAAUUAUUGAAUUGCCAAUUUGCCAAUGAAAACCUAACCAAAUCAAUCCAAUCACGUCAACACGCGCGCCUCGUUAUCUCUCUUUCUCUCUCUCUCUGUGUCUCUAUCUCUCUCUCGAUGCUCAUUUUUUAUAGCAGUCGCUCAUCAACGUUUCAAUUAAAUAUAAACAAUGGAUUUAAUUUCACACCAACUCAUAGAUCGUCCCCAGUGAGUAGUUGUUGUGGCAGUAGUAGUCAUGGUCGUUCCAGUCCGGACACAGAUUUGGGCGAACCACCGGC